CGUGCAUUACUUAAAUAAAAUGUUAGGUGGUUAUACAACUAGGCUUGUGCCUUGUCCGUAACGAUACCAGUUUCCAACUUGUUUAAAGUUUUUGAUUACGUGGUUGUCUUUUAUGUUUCUUGUCUUGGACGACAGAGUUGAGUUGUUGCCGUUUUCUUUCAUUUUGAUAAGAAGUACACAGUAUCGAAAUAUCGAGCAAAGGCAAAUAUUUUAGUCAGUCCCCAUUCGGAGCUGCUGAGAGAAGUACUAUUAGCAUACCAAGAAACACAUAGACGACGUAAGCGAAAGUAGAGCACUGGAGUAGGAAAGUGUUUUAAAAUUGAACGGGUCGUUGAUCUUAUCUGGAAAAUUAAAACAAGCGAUAAUCGCUUUGCAUUGUUGCUAAUUAUUUCUCAAAGGGAUUAUGAACAAGUAUCAAAGGGCUCCUGCUGUGGAAGUAUUUGAGGAAACCAUGGACAAAAUGCCUAUUUUAACACGUAGAGUUUUAAGCAAUUUGACCAAGAAUGGCUUAUAUGCUCCCUCCAAGAUAAGUGCUGCCUUGUGUUCAGCCCAAGUACCUCAAAAUGCCAACUAUAGCACUGAAGCAAAAAGACAAAAUCUUUUAAAAUUCCCUGCCUUAAAAUUGGAAGAAACAAUUUCGAAAUUCUUGAAAACAGCUGAACCGGUCUUAACCAAAGAAGAAUUGGAAGAAACCAAACGUUUGGCUGCCGAAUUCCAAGCGAAAGAUGGUGCUGAAUUGCAAAAAAUUCUGGAAAAAGUAGCUGAAAGUCAGGAGAAUUGGUUGGCUCCACGCUGGCUAAAGGCAGCCUAUUUAACAUAUCGUGAUCCAGUUACGGUAUUCUCCAGUCCCGGCAUGACAUUCCCCUUACAACACUUCAAAACGUCUGCCGACUAUUACAUGUACACUGCCAAGCUUAUCCAAGGACUGGUUAAAUACAAAAAGGUUGUAGACGAUGGUAAAGUGCCUGUUGUGAAAAUGGGCAAGAAUGAAUUGGACAAUUCCCAGUUCAGUGCUGUGUAUGGCACAUGCAGAAUACCUCGCCCUGAGGAAGAUGCUCUGGAAUAUAAUCCCAACUCUAAGCACAUUGCUGUGGUCUAUAAAAAUCACUUCUUCAAACUACCAGUCUAUAAUAAAACUGGCCAAAUUAUCAAUGCCAAGGUAUUGGCUGAACAGCUGCAACAAAUUGCCAAUUCUGAAAAUAAAUCAGGUGUUCCUAUUGGUCUACUGACCACCGACAGUCGUGACAAUUGGGCAUCUGCCUAUGCCGAGUUAAUGAAAUCUUCCACCAAUGCCCGCAGUGUUAAGGUCAUACAAGAGUCCUUAUUCACCGUUUCAUUGGAUGAAGUUGUACCCUUUGCCCAAGAGGAGGUCUACAAUGUGUUGGGUUUGCAAUUGAUUCAUGGUGGCGGUACCAAUAAAAACAGUGGCAAUCGUUGGAUGGACAAAACCAUACAGGUUGUUGUUAAUCCAAAUGGUAUGAGUGGUUUCUGCUAUGAACAUUCUCCAGCUGAGGGUCAACCCAUUGCCAUGAUGGCUGAUUACAUUAACAAGAUUUUCCCUAAUCCUCAGGAAUUUGAGGAUGGUGCCAAUGACAAUUAUGAGCCCUUCUCCAAAUUACCCUUUGAUCAGCCCUCACCUGUGCUGGAACAAAAACUACAAGAAGCUGGCAAAAAUGUAGACAAAUUGGCCGAGGACUUGGAAUUGCGUGUACUACAAUACAAAGGAUUUGGCAAGGACUUUUUGAAGAAACAGAAAUUGUCUCCAGAUAGUUUUGUACAAAUGGCAUUGCAAUAUGCUUUCUAUAGACUCCACAAGUGUGCUGGUGCUCAAUAUGAAACUGCACAUUUGCGCAUCUAUUAUGGAGGCCGUACUGAAACAAUUCGUUCCUGCUCCAAUGAAUCGUUAGCUUUCGCCAAGGCCAUGAUGGAUCCCAAAUGUACGGAUGAGACACGUGUCGAACUGUUGAAAAAGGCUGUUAAUGGUCAUCGUGAAUACACCACCAUGGCGUUGCAGGGACGUGGCGUAGAUCGUCAUUUGUUGGGCCUUAAACUCAUGGCUCUCGAAAAUAACAAGCCCAUACCGAAAUUCUAUCAAGCUCCUGGCGUUGUUAAGAGUGCCCACUUCCGUGUUUCUACUUCACAAGUAGCCUCGCCUAAUGCAGCCUUCAUGUGCUAUGGCCCCUUGACUCACGAUGGCUACGGCUGCUGCUAUAAUCCACGCGAUUCUGACAUUUUCUUGGCCUGUUCGGCCUGGAAAUCAAAUGAAGAGACUUCAGCCAAAUUGUUUGCCAAAUCCAUUGACGAGGCCUUAACCAGCAUGCGUGAUUUGUUGGAACGUGCUGGCGAAAAACCAAAGGCCAAGUUGUAAACUAUUCCCAACUCAACGGCAACAUGUAUAUAUUUUUAAAGAUAAGUUCAAAGUUUUUUUUUU